AUGGCGAAGUGGGGGUUUGACCCCAGCUGGGGUCCAGAAUUCGGGAUGCUCACAGCCGCCGCGCUGCAGUUGGAAGGCCGCCCAGGGGACCGGGUGAAUUUCUCCUGCGUGGGGGUCUCACAACCCACGCGCUGGGCCUGGGCGCCUAGCUUCCCAACCUGCAAGGGCCUGUCCAAAAGACGCCGCCGGAUCCUGUGGGCAUCUUCGAGCGGGACCCCCACCGUGUCUCCCGUCCAGCCCUUUGUGGGCCGCCUACGAGCCCUGGACCCCGGUAUCCGGCGCCUAGAGCUGCUCCUGAGCGCGGGGGACUCGGGCACCUUUAUCUGCAGGGGCAGCCACAGGGACGAGAGCCGCACGGUGCUUCGCGUGCUGGGGGACGCGGCCGAGUGCAGGGCGCCGGGGCCCGGCCAGGCUCCACUGGUGAAAGCCGAGCCGCAGAGACCAGUAAAGGAGGAGGAGCCCAAGACUGCAGGGGACCCGGACCAGGAGUCGAGCCUACUCUACGCAGACCUGGAUCACAUGGCCCUCCGAAGGCCCCACCGGUUGUCCCCAGUGGUCCCUGCUGAUUCCUCCACCAUCUAUGCGGUUGUAGUUUGAAGGAAAGCCCUUACUCCAAACAUCACAAGCUGGGGCCUCCCAGUUCUCCAUAACCACCCUCUCCCUCUCCGACUUUCCCCGGAAAAUGAAGGCACCAUGGGGUAGAAAUGAGCACUAGACUGGGAGUCAGGAGAGCUGGCUUCCAGGCUAUCCCUGCUGCCAAUCUUGCUCCUUCUGUUACCCCAUUUCCUAUAACCUCUGUGCCUCCUUUAUCACUGGACCUCCACCGUGUCUCCUCUCUAAACCUCAUCAAGCCCUGUCUCCCCAUCUUACAACAUCAGCCACUCCAAGAUAGUUGUCUCAUCUCUUCCCUCCCCUCCAAUCAGGCUCCUCCACCCAGGGGCCUGCACCGCUCUUCCAUUUUCUUCUUUGCUCCACGGCCACGAGGUUGCCGGUGGUGUCCUAAUGGCCACACCCAGUAGACAUUCUUUAGCAUUCGCCUGACUUGGCUUUUGAUGACUCCCUUCCUUAAGCUGUUUUUGUUAAUGCUGAUAUCUUCCUCCUGGACUCCUUUUCCUGUCUCCCUUCCCCCAUGGUAUUCCCCACCAUUCUAGGUUUGCCCUCUAUCUGCCUUCCUCUUCUGGGAAGCUGUUACCACAGUGGCCUUAUCCCUUACCUUGGCAAAUGACACCCAGAACUCUCUCCAGAUCAGAUCUCAGACAUGGGAUUUCCAAACUAUCCCUCAGACAUCCCUUCCUAUCUAGCCCUACACGUUUUGCGCACAGCAAGUCCAAAGCUCAUUGUCAUCUCCCAAACCUCUUCUGUAUUUGCUCUUGAUCAACCCUGUUGCCCAAGCCAGAAACUGAGAGUCAUGCAGCAUCCUUCCUCCCCCACACAAUGAACCAAGUCCUGCUAUUCUAUUUUAACAUCACCGUCAAAUCUACAGCCUUCUUCGUGUCCAGGGCUGCCACCUGAAUGUACUGUCCUCAUUUCCCUGGGCUGCCCAUAGCCCCACCUCAUCCUUCUGCCCUUGCCCUCCUCCCUGAAGCCAGAGAGAUCCUUCCCAAAUACCAGCCUGCUUCUGACAGCCUGUAUUUCAGAUCUGUAGCAUUUCUUUCCUUAACCUUCAGCUCUGGGCCCACGGGCCUUGGCUUUGGGUACAAGGUACUGCAGUAUCUUGCCUGCUCUCCAGGCAUAUCUCUGUCACAUCACAUGCACACAACACACCAGCCUUGAAGAAAUUCUCCCCAGGCCCCAAGUGCUGUAUGCCUUUGUCCAAUGCAAUUCCUUCUUCAUGGAUUACCCUUUUCCCUCCUCUCCACUACCUGCCUGGCUAAUUAUUAUUAAUCCUCAGGACUCAGUUCAAGCGUAGCCUUCUGGGAAGCCAUUCUGACCCUCUUUGCCAUCCUGCAUACUUUUUGAUGCCCUGGGAGUCCUCUUACUUCUCUCAUAGCAACAGCCUCCUGUGAAUUGUCCCAUCACGACCUGUCUUUCACUUUGUAAGAAAUGUGAGUUCUCUGAUAUCAGGAGACUGACCCUUUUCAUAUCACUGCUAAGUCUCAGUAAAUGAGUGAAUAAAAGUUAAUAUCUCUGCAAA